AUGCUUCCAUCAAAAAAUGAUGAAGAGGAACCUCCAUUGAGGACUACUAAGUUGACAACAAAGGUUGUGGCAAUAGAACUAGGAGUGUACACAGAUAGCUCCUUUACAGCACAGUUCCCGUCUACGGACGUGUCCAUUAGGGUCGAGCUGAUGAUUUUAAAGUACAACGGGGUAACAUACAUGAAAUUUCAGUCAGACAGGUUAAUGGACAAACAGUCAAAACAAAAAUCUGAGACACUUGGAUACAACAUCAAACUAAAGAUCAAGAAUCUUGAGUUUUGGGAGACUAAUCCGAGCUUUUACAACAUGUCAAAAAAGCUACAUGAAACCCUCUCCAGUUUCUGUCAGGGUACAAGAAACGUUUCUCACAAAUAUGACAUCAGAUGUGCUCACACAGCUUUGGGAAUGGACCAUGACGCGGGCAGGUGUUACAGAAAUGACGUAGGUAUUAUGGGAGGAUACGGCGCAGGAUGGAGUUCAUGUAGCGUCAACGAUCUUCAUAACUUUCUUCAGUGGGUAUUUCUAGAAAUAGAUAGAAAAUUUGAGAAAGCACAAUGUGUGUUCAGAGAAGCUGAAGCUUUAGCUGAGCUGAGCUCAUCUUUGAUUGGUCAGGAAUACAGUCCAGAUGACAUCUGUGAGAAUAGAUACGGUCCAAACUUCUUUUUAAGAAAGUUUGAAUAUAACUCCCACUGCGAGGCUUACAGUUGUGUGAAUCUUACGGAGGGAUCCCUAUACGGCCGGAUGUUUAACCAUGGAUGGCAGGACAUACCCGGCUCCUACUGUGGCGAAGGAAAAAUUUGCUUUAAACUAACUUGUACCACGUUUGCAGAUGCCAGACAAACCCCUAAAAUCAUCAGACCAGGAGGAUGGGGUCCUUGGGGAGCGUGGCAGUCCUGCUCCAGAACAUGUGGGGUGGGGGUAACAUACAUACGCCGAAGAUGCAACAAUCUAAGCCCAAUAAACCACCCAGGCUGUGAAGGAGGGGAUAGCAAUGCAAAUGAAGCCAAGAUUUGUAAUUCUGAGCCAUGUUCAGAUGAUAGUCCAAAACAGGCAGAUCUGAUUAAACAGAGAGCUUCAGAAACGUGUCUUACAAUGCUUGAAAAUAAAGUGUUGAAUUCGUCAGAGUAUAAUUCAACGGGGGAUAGAUACAGUCAUUCUGGAAAUUAUGUGUGUGAAGUUAGAUGUAAAGAAGUGGGUGAUUUCAAAUCGCCAUAUUUCACAAGAUUCGGCUUAAUGCCACACGGUACCCCAUGCGAUGCCAAAGUAAUUAAGUACAUGGAUUUCAUGAGCUCACCUUGGCCAAGAAAGAAGGGCCUCACUCCUAUUUGUUUGGAGGGAUAUUGCAGGAUCUUUGGGUGCGACGAUGCUUUCCUUGGAGGGACAAAAGAGUUUGAUGAAUGUGGUGUUUGUGGUGGGGAUGGGUCCACAUGUGACGUCAUACAGGGAACAUUCACGGGUAUACCCGGAGAAGGUAAUAGAACUCUAAUGAUUGGGAUACCGAAAGGAGCAUAUAAUAUUCAAAUUUGGUUUAACUAUUGGAUAAUGGAAAAUAACUUCAUAGAGAUGUACGAUAAAGAUGACGUCCCCGUUAUCGUCAGCCAUGUUGGAAGCAGCUGGGUGUGGAACACGGAUGAGAGUAAAAAUCCGGUCAAUUUUGCGAACACCUACUGGCAUUAUAAAUACAUUGAGUACUUGUAUACAACGGGACCUAUCUCCGAGCCUGCUAUCAUCAAGCUUUAUCAAAAGAACGCUUUGGAAAACAAAGGCAUUCAUUACGCUUAUUCUUUACCCAAAACUGGUGAAUGUAAGAAUAACGGGACAUACAACCUUAAACUACGUACUUGUGACUGUCCUACUGGAUUUUACGGAGCUGACUGUGACAGUCGUUGUAAUAUUUACUGCUUCAAUGGCGCGGCAUUGGACGAGUCCACUUGCACGUGCCAGUGUAAGGAACACCAGACGGGAAGUUAUUGUAAGUGUGAAACAGGAUAUACCGGGAAAGACUGCACGGAGAAAAAAAGUGAAUAAUUACCAUUGUCUGAAUAAAAUUUGAAUGUAGACUUU